AUGUCGGGUCUACAUUUGGCAACUGUUGUAGCAGUACCGGCUUUUGCGGAUCAACAGCAGCUGGGUAUUGUAGUGUUGGGUGGUAAGACUUUCUUCUCCGAUCACGGAAAACCAUAUGCUUACCAGAAUCUUUUGAACAGUCAAAAAACAUUCUCAACCGCGUGCCUGACUUUGAAUAUUCCCAAGGUUGACGGAACUUGUGGGUCAAAAGUUGUUCUGACAUGUGCUGGCGGAGCGUUUGACGGGAAUUGCUGUAGUAGUAGCGGUUUCUGCGGGACUACCAGCGCGUUCUGCGCGACUGCAAAUGAAUGCUAA